AUGGAUUAGAAUAAUACUUUAUAACCUGGUUUGAUUAUUGAUUAAAGAUUUAAACUAUUAAAGAGAAUUGGUAGUGGUAGUUUUGGAAUAGUUUAUCUAACAUUUGAUUUAGAAGAGAAAGAGUAUUAUGCAGCUAAAUUUGAAAAUAGAAAUAUGUAAAUGAGAAUGAUGAAUAGAGAAAUUUUAAUAUUAAAACAAUUAAAAGGAAUAAAUGGUAACAUAAUUUUAAUUCUAUUAUUUUUUUAGGAUUUCCAGAAUUAGUACAUAAUGGAAAAGAUCGCUAAUAUACUUAUUACAUGAGUACAUUAUUAGGAGAUAAUCUAGAGAUUUUAUUAAAAAAAUGUGGAGGUAAGUUUUCCAUUUAAACUACAGUAUAAUUAGCAAUUUAAUUGAUAGAUCGUUUAGAAGGUUUUGUUUUAUUUAAUAAACAUUAUAGUUUUUCAUAGUAUGAAUUUUAUUCAUCGUGAUAUUAAACCAGAAAAUUUUUUGAUUUCUAGAGAAGAUUCUUCUUUAGUAUAUUUAAUUGAUUUUGGUUUAUCUAAAUAUUAUAGAGCAAUUGAUGGAAAACACAUAGAAUUUACUUAAAAAACAGGAGUUAUAGGUACUGCUCGUUAUGCUAGCAUAAAUACAUUAUAAUGUAUAAAUAUUUUUAUUUUUUAGGGAUGGAAUAAUCAAGAAGAGAUGAUUUAGAAAGUUUAGGUUACAUGUUAAUUUAUUUAGUUAAAGGGGAAUUACCAUGGUCUAAUGUUAAAGCAAUUCAUAAAGAAGAUAAAUAUGAUCAAAUACUUCAAAUUAAAAUGGGUAUUCCUCUUAUUUAACUUUGUUUCAAUUUACCUAAAGUAUAUAUUUAAUCAUUUAUAUUUCAUAGUGUUUCAUAUAUUACUUUUAGCAUGUCAAAUCGCUUCUAUUUUAACAAUAACCAAAUUAUUCUCAUUUAAGAAAUCUAUUUGAAAAACAACUUUAGGAAUAUGAUCAUUAACUUUAUGAUUGGGAAUUUAAAUAAAUGGAAUCAUAAACUUAAGACAUUCUUAUUGAUCCUAAUUCCAUACCUAAUAUUAGAUUAUAAUUAUCUGAUAUUGAUUUAGUUCCUCCUGUUGAUGAAGAAGGAGAAGCUUUUCAUCUAAAAUAAGAUAAUUAACACAAUCUUAAAUUCAUGAAAUAAUUACAUGAAAAAUACUAUGAUCAUAAUACUUUUAAACAUGAAAAUAAACUUUAAUUAUUAAAAAAUACAUCUAUUGAACCUAAAAGUUAAGCCACGAGCAAAUAAAAUAAUUAUUAAAUUAGUAAUCACACCUUAAUUCAAGUAGAAUCAUAACCAUAUAUUCAUAACAAUCCUAAUCAGUUCACUAAAAGAAAAGAUUCUAAAUCUUAUACUUCAUUUAAAUAAAGUUAAGAACAUAAAGAAAAUAGAAAAUUUAGAUAAUCAAAUGAUGAUUAUGAUCUAGAUAUGGCUAAUGUUGAUGGACCUAAUUUAGACUUAAAAAAUCUCGAAGUUAAUUACUUUUUAAAAUGA